ACGUCGUCGCCUGGAGCCGAGGAGGAGGCGGAGGAGGCGGAGGAGGAGGAGGAGGGCCUUGUUUUGGGGUCCCUCACCGGUCCCCCCGAAUUUGGGGGGAAUUCUCCCCUCAGACUUUGCCUUUUACCUCAGCCGCGGCGUUGUGUUCCUUUGUGUGGCGGCUUGGCGACGCUUUUUUUUUUCCCACCCCGCUUCUUCCCUGAGGAGAAAACACGACAACAUGAGGAGAAGAAAGGCGGGCCCGUCGUCGUCGUCGUCGUGCAUCCUCACCGCCCUCGCCUGGAUUGAGAGCGUUUUCGGCGGGGGGAGCGGCCCUCCCGAGGCAUUCCCCCGUGACAUUCCGUGAGGAGCCUCCCACCGCCUCCUCAAGGAGACCCGCCAUUACUUUGGAUUUAUUAUUAUUAUUAUUAUUGCCAUUUUCCAUAUUUAUUUUUGGUGUGUCCUUUAUUAUUUUGCGUGUCUCUACCCUUCCAUAAUUCCUCCCUCUCUAUCUCUCAAACCUUCCAUUUGUGGGGUUAUUUUUUGCUCCCCCAAACUUGAGGCCUUCUCCUUUCCUUCCCCUCCAUCACUCCCUCUCUCAACUAUCCAUCCUCCUUUGUGUCCCUCUCUCUACUGUCUAGUCUUUCUUCUUCUCCCUUCUGUUUUCCUCCCUCUCUCUCCCUUUCUUUCUUCAGAGUUUUUUGGGGACCCCCCACAACUGUCACUCCCCCGUAUCCCUUACUUUUUGGGGACCCCUAAGGUUGGGAUCCCCCUAUCACUUUCACCCUGUCAUUCUCCCCCAUAUCCUUUCCUUUUUGGGGACCCCUGAAGUUGGGAAUCCCCGUCACUCCCACCCUUUCGUUCCCUUGUUUCCCUUACUUUUUGGGGACCCUUAAAGUUGGGAACCCCCCACCACUCUCUCCCUUCCACCCUUUUGUUCCCUUGUUUCCCUUCCUUUCAGGGGACCCCUAAAGUUGGGAUCCCCCUCAUCACUCUCUCCCUUCCACCCUGUCAUUCUCCCCUGUAUCAUUUCCUUUUUGGGGACCCCUAAAGUUGGGAUUCCCCCCAUCACUCUCUCCCUUCCACCCUGUCAUUCCCCCCUGUAUCCCUUACUUUUUGGGGACCCCUAAAGUUGGGAUCCCUCAUCACUCUCUCCCUUCCACCCUGUCAUUCCCCCCUGUAUCCCUUACUUUUUGGGGACCCCUAAAGUUGGGAUCCCCCCUCAUCUCCCUUUCACCCUGUCAUUCUCCCUUGUAUCCCUUCCUUUUUGGGGACCCCUAAAGUUGGGAACCCCCAUCACUCUCUCCCACCCUUUCAUUCCCUUGUUUCCCUUACUUUUUGGGGACCCCUAAAAAGUUGGGAACCCCCAUCACUCUCUCCCUCCCACCCUGUCAUUCUCCCCUGUAUCCCUUCCUCUGGGGGACCCCCUAAAGUUGGGGCCUGCAAUUCGGCACUUGCUCUCCCUCCCUCUUUCUAUUGAGGACCCUAAAGUUGAGGGUCCGUUUCUUAGGGGACUUCCUUCUCUCCAUCACUCUCUUCCUCCAUCUCCAUCUCUUGAGGGAACUCAAAGUUGAGGAGCAUCUUUUUCUCCCUUUCAUCUCCUUCCCUCUUUCUACUGGAGACCCUAAAGUUGAAGGAUUGUUUCUUAGGGGUCUCCCUUCUUCUCUACAUCACUCUUGGGGGACCGUUCCUUGGGGGGGGGGGGGUUCCUUCUCUCCAUCAAUCUCUUCCUCUCCUUCUCUUGAGGGACCUCAAAGUUGAGGAGCAUCCCUUUUCCCCUCCAUCUCCUUUCCUCUCUCUAUUGGGGACCAUUAAAGUUGAGGACCAUUUCUUUGGGAUCUUCCUCAUCCUCUCCAUCACUCUCUUCUUUCCUUCUCUUGAGGGACCUCAAAGUUGGGGAGCAUCCCUUUCUCCCCUGCAUCUCCUUCCCUCUCUCUAUUGGGGAUCCUAAAGUUGGGGAACAGUUUCUUAGAGGGCUCCCUCAUCCUCUCCAUCACUCUCUUUCACCUUCUCUUGGGGGACCUCAAAGUUGAAGAGCAUCCUUUUCUCCCCUCCACUGUCUCCCUCAUCCUUUCCCUCUGCAUUCUUUCUUUGUUUGUGUCUUGAGGGUUUGGGGGACCCCCAAAGCUGGGGGGGGCGUUCCUUAGGGGUCUCCCUCACCCUCUCCAUAAUUCUCACCCUCCCUCUCCUUCUCUUGGGGAACCACAAAGUUGAGGAGCACUCUUUUCUCCCCUCCAUCGUUCUCCCUCUUCCUCUCUGUCUGCAUUCCAUCACUCUGCCUUUCUCUCUGUAUCCUUUUCUCCUUUGUGUCUUGAGGGUUUGGGGGACUCCCAAAGUUGAGGGACCGUUCCUUAGGGAUCUCCCUUAUCGUCUUCAUCACUCUCUUCCUCCCUCUCCAUCCCGCUCGUUUUCUUGAGGGCCUCAAAGUUGGGGAGAGUAUUAUUUUCUCUCCAUCGUUCUUCCUCUCUCUCUGUAUCCCUUCCCCAUUUGUGUCUUGAGGGUUUGGGAGACUCCCAAAAUUGGGGGGAGCAUCCUUUGUAAGUCUCCCUAACCCCCAUCUCUCUUCAUAUCUUGUGUCCCUCCUUCAUUCCUCUCCUUUUGGCUUUGGGAAUUGGGGACACCCCCUAAACUUUGGGGUGUCCCCCAAAACGGAUUGGGAGCUAUGGAGGGGCGCAAGAAGCGGCGCUCCCGCUCCCAGCGCGACCGGGCCAGGCGCUCCCCACAUGGAUUACAACCAGAAAGGGCAGCUUUGGGGGCCACAGAAGAUGGGGAUCCCCCCCGAAGGCCCCGCCGCCCCCCUCUGCUCCCUCCGCCUUGGCUUUUCUCCUCCUCGGGCUCGGAGCUGGAGCACCGUGGGCCCCCCACCUCAUCCCGGCCUCGCCCCCCAAGGAGGAAGAGGAGGCCAUCUUCAUCGCCUGAAGAGGACAUCAUCGACGGCUUCGCCAUGGCCUCCUUUGUCACCCUGGACGCCCUGGAGAAGGAUGUAGUCGUGAAGCCCCACGACCCCGUGGAAGACCAUCAGGAUCUCUUGGUGAAAAAGAAACGGAACAUGAUUACGAAUGGACUGUCGUAUCAUCUGAAAAAAAAUAGCCUGCACGACCAUCACUACAGUUCGGACCGGGAGAAUGACCACAACCUGUGUCAGCACCUCAGGAAAAGGAAGAAGUUGUUGAAAGGUCUCCGACAGCUUAAUCCAGGCCAGAACAGCUGCCGGGACAGUGACAGCGAAAGUGCCAGCGGUGAAUCCAAAGUCUUCCAUCGGAGCAGUUCUCGAGAGAGGCUCAGUGAUACCUCGACGUCAUCUAGCUUGGGAACGGGCUAUUUUUGUGACAGUGACAGUGAUCAAGAAGAAAAGGCCUCUGAUGCCGGUUCUGAAAAGUUGUUCAACACAACUGCAAAGAAAGAUACAGACUUAGGGGUUGGUUCACUGAAAGAAAAUGAAGAGGAAGAUGCCAGGACGUUGUCAGUCCCCAAAAUAUCCGGACUAGAACGGAGUCAAGAGAAGAGUCAGGACAGCGAUAAAGAUCCACUGCUUGACCUGGUUGUGCCUCAAAAUCUUUGCCCUCAGGUUUCUCAGCCUUCCAUCCCCCCUCAUUUGGAACCGCCGUCAGAGACACAUUCUCCCAAACCUGCUGUGAUCCAGCGAUCGGAGCCUUCUCAUUCUUCGCAGCCUGAAGCAACCCAGAAGCUUCAGAACUCUGAGGUGGACCAGCACCCCUCAGCGCCUCCAUCCCAAGCGCAGCACCCCCUGAGACCGCUUUCUCCUGGACAGCCAGCAAAUCAGAGUCUGCCAUCGUCCCAGCUGCGUCCUCCAUCCUGCAGCCUUGCACAACAGUUGUCAUCGUAUAACAGUAGCAGCUUGAGCCUCAACAGUUUGAGCAGCAGCAGAAGCAGUACGCCCGCAAAGGCUCAGCCGCCUCCGCCAGCCCUUCCACCUCCACAUAUCGCCCACCACUCCUCGGCGUCCCCCUUCCCCCUUUCCUUACCAAACCACAGCCCGCUCCAUACAUUUGCUCCCACCCUCCAGCCUCCUACACACUCCCAUCACCCCAAUAUGUUUGCCCCUCCCACGGCAUUGCCCCCUCCUCCUCCUCUGACAUCGGGGACGCUGCAGGUUCCAGGCCAUCCUGCUGGGAGCGCUUAUUCAGAGCAAGACCUUCUCCGCCAGGAACUGAACACCCGGUUUCUAGCUUCCCAGAGUGCGGACCGUGGUGCCUCGCUGGGCCCGCCCCCCUACCUGAGGACCGAGUUCCACCAACAUCAGCACCAGCACCAGCAUACGCACCAGCACACGCACCAGCACACCUUCACCCCGUUUCCCCACGCCAUCCCGCCCACUGCCAUCAUGCCAACGCCAGCACCUCCCAUGGUGCGUACCCCAGGCAGAAAUUUUGACAAAUACCCUACAAAAGUUGACCCUUUCUACCGUCACAGUUUGUUCCACUCCUACCCUCCGGCUGUAUCAGGGAUCCCUCCUAUGAUUCCUCCGACAGGUCCUUUUGGCUCACUCCAAGGAGCAUUUCAACCCAAGAGUUCGAAUGCUAUUGACGUCACGACCAGACCUGGAGCCGUCCCGCAUACCCUCCUGCAGAAAGAUCCACGGUUGACCGAUCCGUUCAGGCCCAUGUUGCGGAAACCUGGGAAAUGGUGCGCUAUGCAUGUCCAUAUUGCGUGGCAGAUAUACCACCAUCAGCAAAAAGUAAAGAAGCAGAUGCAGUCGGAUCCCCACAAACUGGACUUCGGUCUCAAACCCGAAUUUCUGAGUCGACCGCCAGGUCCGAGCCUCUUUGGAGCGAUCCAUCACCCUCACGACUUGGCCCGACCCUCAACCCUCUUCUCCGCAGCCAGCGCUGCCCACCCCGCCGGCCCUCAUUUCGGGCCCCCAGCCCACCACAGCAACUUUCUCAACCCGGCUGCCCAUUUAGAGACUUUUAAUCGGCCCACCACGUUCACCAGUCUCGCGGCUGUGAGCAGCAAUGCCUUCGGGGGACUCGGGAACCCUGCUGUUACACCCAACGCUAUGUUCGGCCACAAGGAUUGCCCCAGUAUGCAGAGCUUUAGCAACCCUCACGAGCCCUGGAACCGUCUGCACCGAACUCCUCCUUCGUUCCCGACCCCUCCGCCCUGGCUGAAGCCAGGUGAGCUGGAACGCAGUACCUCUGCGGCAGCUCAUGAGCGAGAUAGAGAUCUAGAUAAAGGAGACUCUUCUCUUAAUAAAGAGGACAAAGAAAGGGAGAGCCUUGAGAAGAGACACUCAAGCCAUCCUUCCCCUGCGCCUCUCCAUUCCGUGAGCUCCCUUGGACAUAGCCGAAGCUCGGCCGAGCAGAUCCGGAGUGGUCACUUGAACCCCGAAGUCCGGGAGAAAGAGAAGAACAAAGAGCGGGACAGGGAACACUCCGAAUCCCGCAAGGACGCUGGCACCGACGAGCACAAAGUCAAGGACAACUAUAUUUCGGACAAAGACAGCCUGACUCACGAGAGCAGGCCGUCGGAGGAGUCUAAGCAGGCGUCGAGGGUGCCGUCGCCCUAUACCCGGCCUCCUGUUGUGGAGAACACCAGACCCAACAGCACCUCGAGCCGGGAGGCUGAGAAAAAGGCUGAACCCGCGUACGAGAACCUAAAGAAAUCCAGUGAAAUCAAAGUGAAGGAGGAGAGGAAGGAAGACCACGAUAUCCCGCCUGAACCGUCGCAGCCUCAUCGACAGUCGGAGCCGCCGCUCCCAGUGCCCUCCUCCGGUGUCCACCCAGGCCCCUUGGUGUCAAUGCCCAUGACUGUUGGUGUCACCGGGAUCCACCCCAUGAACAGCAUCAGCGGCCUGGACAGGACUCGCAUGAUGACGCCCUUCAUGGGGAUCAGCCCCGUCCCAGGCGGCGAGCGCUUCCCGUACCCGUCGUUCCACUGGGAUCCCAUGAGAGACCCCUACCGGGAUUUGGACCUCCACCGGAGAGACCCCUUAGGGAGAGAGUUCCUCCUGAGGAACGACCCCUUGCACCGCCUCUCGGCGCCCCGGCUGUAUGACGCAGAGAGGCCUUUCAGGGACCGAGAGCCGCACGACUACAAUCACCACCACCCUGCGCUUUCCAUUGACCCUCGGCGCGAGCAUGAGCGGGGGGCUCACCUGGACGAGCGGGAGAGGCUGCACAUGCUCCGAGAGGACUACGAGCACGUGCGGCUCCACUCGGUCCACCCGGCGGCCCUGGACGGCCACUUGCCCCACCCGGGUUUGCUCACCCCAGGACUUCCAAGCAUGCACUACCCCAGAGUCAGCCCCUCGUCCGGACUCCCAAACGGGAUUCUCAACAAAACGCCCCCCACCGCGGCUCUGAGCGCACCUCCCCCUUUAAUUUCCACUCUGGGACCUCGGCCUAGCUCUCCGCGAAGGACUACCCCUUUGUCGACAGAAAUGCGGGACAGGCCGCCCUCCCACACACUGAAGGACAUAGAAGCGCGAUAAGAGGACUUGAUUUGGUGGGGAAACCUCUCCAAUCUCUUACUCGAUAAAUGUAGACUUUGGUUAUGGCCCAGCUGUACAAAACGCAUACAUCCAGGCGUGUGGUAGGUUGGUUUCUUUACUUGGGUUGGAUAUUAUAUGAGGGUUAUCCGGAAAGUAAGGUUUACAAGGCACGUAACUCUCAUGGGGAAUUUUCGCGGGGAAAGUUGGUAUCACUGCCGUGUAGCGGGAAGCCAGAGGAAGCAAACGAGCAGUCCCAAUUGUCAGUAGCUCAUCGACCGACGUUGUGGUAAAGGUUAGAGACGAGUGUCCUCAUUCCAUUUCCCUCCAAGUAGAAAGUAAGGUUACAGGGCACGCAACUCUCACGGGGAAUUUUCGUGGGGGAAGUUGGAAUUGCUGCUGGGUAGCGGGAAGAAAGCGAAUGUGCAAUGCCAGUUGUAAGUAGUUCAUCAACUGGCAUUGUGAAGGUUAGAGAUGAGUGUCCUCAUUCCGUUUCCCUCCAAGUGGAAAGUAAGGUUUCAAGACACGUAACUCGCGGGGAAUUUUCGUGGGGGAAGUUGGUGUCACUGCCGGGUAGUGGAAAACCAGCAGAAGCGAACGAGCAGUCUCAGUCGUGAUUAGCUCAUCGACCGGCAUUGUGAUGAAGGUUAGAGAUGAGCGUCUUCAUUCCGUUUCCCGCCAAGUGCGAAGUUCGUGUUGUAAUACGCUACCUAAACGCUAAGGGCAUCAACACCGCUGCGAUUAUCACAAAAUUGUUUGAGUUUAUGGAGAGGACGUAAUGUCAAAACAGCAUGGGUCCGGAAUUACGAUUUUGGAAGGACGGAAAUUCACGAUGAAGACGGGAGUGGAUGGCCGUCCGUUGUGACUGACAAUGUAGUGCAGAAAAUUCGAGAAAAUCUUCUGUCGGAUCGCCAUUCGACAAUUGCCGACCUGCGUGAACGUUGUCCAAACAUUUCACGAACUGUUUCCAUGAAAUCGUAACCAAUUGAAAUAUUGAAAGUUUUCUGCACCAUGUGACGAUUUUUUGACAAAUCGGAGCGGCGUUCACGAUUUACCAUUUCGGAAGCGUAUUACAGCGUGAACCUCACACUUGGAGGGAAAUGGAAUGAGGACGCUCAUCUCCAACCUUCACAACACCAGUCCAUGAACUACUAACUGCUUGAUCGCAACACGGCAGUGAUACCAACUUCCUCCGCGAAAAUUCCCUGCUAGAGUUACAUGCCUUGUAACUUUACUUUCCACUUGGAGGGAAAGGGAAUAGGGACACUUAUCUCAUAACUUUCACCACAAUGCCAAUCGAUGAACUACUAACAACUGUCACUGCUCGUUCGCAACAUGGCAGCGCGUCCCGCACGAAAAUUCCCCACGAGAGUUACGUGCCUUACUUUCCGGAUAACCCUCGUACGUUGGAAGCAAGUUUGCAUCUUUUCUUUAGCUUCCUUUUCUGUCGUUUUGAGUUCCAAACUGGCAAAAUUCUCAAAGUCGAGAUGAAGUUUGUUUUCCCACAGAAGAGUGGGUUCGUGUUUGUUUUCCGGAAACAUCAUUUCCUGGCUCGUUGGGUCAUAUAUGCAAACUGGGUAAGACGAAAGCUUUACUUUGUAAAUAUGUACCAUAGGAGGAGCGAAGUAACAUAAUGCAUUAAUACUUCUGAAAACUGUGCUCUUGGCAGACUUUUCAUUAUGUGCAGCACCUCUUAUUAUUAUUUUUGUUGAGACCGCUAAAACCCCUUCAACUAUGCAAUGAAAUUUUACACUCCAACGGACUCCAACGGAGCCUCGUCGAUACACUCCACCACUCGCUUAAAGUCAUACUUUCCCUGAACAAACCCGUAGUAACCUCUUUCUUACGUUGUUUUUUGAUACAAGAAAUAAGCCAUCCUAAGGAUUCAGCAAACAGAAUGUGGGUAUCAACGGCCACUAGUGGGUUUUAUUUACAUGGCUGUGGUACGGCAUUAAAUUCAUUCCAACCUUUAGUAGCUCAAAUGGCAGGAAAAGCGAUUCCCCUGAACAUUCGAAAGAACCUCCUGACCCGAAGGAGAGCUGUUCAAUAUCUUAUAUUGCUAGGGAAGGGGGCCACCACCGAGAAGGCCCUGUCCUCGUCCCCCUCCAGCCACGCUUGUGAAACAGGCAGGAUCGCGAGCAGGGCCUCCCCAGACGAUCCUUUGUUGGGAGGUGUUAGCUGGCCCUGAUUGUUUCCUGUCUGGAAUUCUCCCGUCUUCUGAGUAUCUCUCUUUAUUUACUGUUUUGAUAAAACUCUAAAGCAAGGGCGGUAAAUAAAGAACGUCACUCAGGAAACCGGGGAAUUCCAGACAUGAAACAAUCAGGACCAGCUAACACCUGCCAACAAAGGAUUCCCCCAGGGAGGAAGCAGCCAGGCUUUGAAGUUGCAAUGCUAUUCAAUGCUAAUAUUUACUGUUUUAAUUUAUUACAAACUCUAAAACAAGGACAGUAAAGUAAAGAACAUCACUCAGAAAACGGGAGAAUUCCGGGCAGGAAACAAUCAGGGCCAGCUAACACCUCCCAACAAAGGAUUUCCCCAAGGAUGAAGCAGCCAGGCUUUGAAGCUGGAGGUUCUUAUCUGAUAGAGUAACCGCUUCGAAAUGCCACACGUCAGGGAGACAAUACUUCUGGGUAUGGUCGAAGGCUUUCCUGACCGGAAUCACUGGGUUGCUGUGAGUCUUUUGGGCUGGAACAUGGCCAUACAGCCCAAAAGACUCACAGCAACCCAGUACUUCCGGGGUUUUACGUGCCAGAGUAGCUCUCUUUGGAGGCGUAUGAGGAUUUGGGGUAUCGCUAUGAUCUGGUCAAUCAUAAGCUCCUCUGGGUGUGUUGAACUACAACUCCCACCAUCCCCAUCCCGACUGAGGGAGUUGUAGUCAGACAUAUCCGAGAGCUGCUGCGUCGGGGAAGAUCAGUUAGGAUGCUUUUGAAAUAUUUUUAAUUUUUAACUGUUUGUUUACAAUGUCUAGUCUAGCUUGUCCUGACCACAAGGUUAGGACAGUUUAUAUAUAUAAAUAUAUAUAAAUAUAUAUAAAUAUUAAUUUUAUAAGAACCUUAAAAUUGUUUUGGCAUUUUUCGAGAACUUCUGUUUGCAUACGGUUUUUGGAGAAAAUAUGACUUUAUCAGAAAGCGUACACUUCCCUUUGCAUACUACCGGACUGUAAAAAAACAACAACAUAUGUGUAUGGAAUAAAACAAAAUUAGUUCCAUUGUGUAUUAAAGUGAUAAUCUCAAGUUGUUUUCCUGUUUUGACAAAAAGAAAAAAAAAGUCUGAAUUACGGACCGCUGUUUCUAAGGAUCAGAAAUCUAUUUUAGUAGUCAACUAAAAAAAGAAAAAGUUUUAGUUGUGAACUUUGGAUUUUUGUGAACUCCAGAUGUUGUGCGGUGUGUUUUCUUAUUUUUGAGAAAGAGACGAGAAAAAAACCUGAAAAAGGGGGCAAAUGUAUUGCCGGCGCCGUAGCGAUAGCUUUCAAUAUUGUAAAGACAUUGUUAUAUACUGAUUCUUUUUUGCUGUUAACUCCUGUGUGUAAUAAAAAGUCCUUUCUAGAUCCUAUGUGAGAAGGAAAAAAAAAUUUACAACCAACCCCAAAGCAACAAGCAAUCCACCGCAUGUUCCCUCAUGAGCAAAGACUUGUGUAAUGUACAUUUGUGCCAUGUUAUUAAAAAAUGUGAACUUGA